AUGGCGGUUGGUAGAACUGUGAAGGAUGUUUCUCCUCACGAUUUCGUGAAGGCUUACGCUUCUCACCUCAAGCGAUCUGGAAAGAUCGAGCUUCCUCUGUGGACAGAUAUUGUGAAGACUGGUCGUUUGAAGGAGCUUGCUCCAUACGACCCUGAUUGGUACUACAUUAGAGCUGCUUCAAUGGCUAGGAAGAUUUACUUGAGGGGAGGUCUUGGUGUUGGUGCUUUCCGAAGAAUCUAUGGCGGUAGCAAAAGAAACGGAAGCCGACCACCACAUUUCUGUAAGAGUAGUGGUGGUAUUGCUCGCCAUAUUCUCCAACAGUUGGAGACAAUGAGCAUUGUCGAGCUCGACACAAAAGGAGGAAGAAAAAUCACGUCAAGUGGUCAACGGGAUUUGGAUCAGGUUGCUGGGCGUAUUGCUGCUGCUGAAUCAUGA